GCUGAUGGAAGUUGGCCAGCUUACUAUGUUCGCUUGCUAUUGUGACUCGACUGUACACGUACCCGGCCAAGCUGCUCUUGCUCUGGCAGAGAUCGUUGGUUUUGCGGCCUCCAGCGGUUUGCAAAGUGUCUCAGUGGAAGUGGUGGCACAUCCGCUGCUCAAAGCUCUCAUCCUGAUCUUCUGUUCGGUGGUCUUGGAAAGCACUAUGAGGGAAGGAGUGGCCGCUCAGUUCCGAGGAGCAGAUGCGGAGUCCAUGGUCACCUCUUUUCGGACCAUGCUGAAGGGCUUAAGUGAUGCGGAGCUGUUGCUGGAUGAGUCCUUGCAAAUCACGGACGAUGAUCUGCUCCGUGGUUCCCUGGUGAUGGAAGAGAGCCUCAAGGGCCAGGUCUUCAGUAACCUUCUACUCCCGGACACAGAGGAGCAGGCUCGGUUUCAGAAGUUCAUCCACAGGCAAAGCCCGCCAGCCUCUCAGGCAAGAACGCCGGCGUGUUUGCGAAUUUCCCUACGGACAAGCCAGGCUCAGCGUGUGGGCGCGGAUCUUUUUCACGUUCGCAUCCCGCACUUGCGUGGCUGCACAGAUGCAUUCCACCUUUUAGGCUUGAAGCUAGAUGCUGAUUCUAAUUUUACAGACCUUGAAACGGAUUCAGGGUCUUCCGGCUUCAGAUCGCCCAACUCAUGCCUGCAAUCUAGUUCGGACCUCGCAGCAACAGUUCUGAGCUCGGAUUUCUCAGAAGCGUCGUCGGGAGCCUACUUGGAGGCGCUCUGGACAUUUUCAGAGGUGUGCAUGAAGGUGGAUGCAAGGGCGAAUCCUCCCAAAGUCGUUUCUGUGCAUUUCAACUACAGGCAUCGCGGCAGGCAAAACCCAAGAGACCUGCACAACCAGCACUUGCCUGAUCUCCGCAUGUUCAUCCGGCCAACCCAGUGGGCCAGGGUAUAUCGCACGGUGAGAGCAUAUGCAUCGGCUUACACACCUUGCAGGUCCAACGGUGAAGUUGGUGAGGUAUGGAUCCGGUUGGGCCAUCCCUCGCAAUAUCGGCUUGCUCGAAGAGCACGGAUGCGAGGUGCUGACUCUGGGCAUGUGUGGAUUGAACUGAAAGAUGUCUGCGUACCGGCGAGACUAGGCUCGGGGGAGAUGAUGUACAUUGGCGAGGAGCCUGCUCAGCCGGCAGAGACGACUGCCCGGGGGCGAAGUCCCAACGAGUUGCCUUUGCAGCAGCUUGCCGUGUACACACGGGUCCCGGAGGGCCACUGGGUACAAAGGGCAGAGGAGAACUGGCGUACGGCCGGAACCCCCUCCAAUGACCGCAAUGAGAGAACAGACGGCUUGGUCAGAAAGCUGAAGGAGGCGACAGAAAAUCCUGAGGAACGCCAGGCAGAAGCGCAGAACUGGCGGAACUCUGAGGGAGAGUGGGCAGAGCGCUGGAGGACCACGGAGGCUGGACUCCAUCGGAGAUUGCAAAAUUCCGACGACGAUGAAAGCUACUUGUAA